UCCACCGCCUCCCGGGAUCGUGCUGCCGCCCGGCCGACGCGCCCCGGUCUCCUCCGACAUCCCCAUCCCAGCCCGCAUUUGUGUCCCUGCCAGCCUCCUCACCCCUGCGCCCCAGAUUUUCUCUCUCAUCCCCCAAACACACCUGCCCUUGUCCCCGAGGCCGCCCAGGCCAUGCCGUGGGAUCCCAGGCCCGCGGGGCAGAAUGCCUGUCUGGGGAGGUGGAAACAAGUGUGGGGCCUGUGGGAGGACCGUGUACCACGCAGAAGAGGUGCAGUGUGAUGGCAGGAGCUUCCACCGCUGCUGCUUUCUCUGCAUGGUUUGCAGGAAAAAUUUAGAUAGCACAACAGUGGCAAUUCACGAUGAAGAGAUCUACUGCAAAUCCUGCUACGGAAAGAAGUAUGGGCCAAAAGGCUACGGUUACGGCCAGGGCGCUGGCACGCUUAACAUGGACCGUGGCGAGAGGCUGGGCAUCAAGCCAGAGAGUGUUCAGCCUCACAGGCCUACAACAAAUCCAAACACUUCUAAAUUUGCUCAGAAAUACGGAGGUGCUGAGAAGUGUUCCAGAUGUGGGGAUUCUGUAUAUGCUGCCGAGAAGAUAAUUGGAGCUGGAAAGCCCUGGCACAAAAACUGUUUCCGAUGUGCAAAGUGUGGGAAGAGUCUUGAAUCAACAACUCUGACUGAGAAAGAAGGUGAAAUCUAUUGUAAAGGAUGCUAUGCAAAGAACUUUGGGCCCAAGGGAUUUGGCUAUGGCCAAGGAGCAGGGGCUCUUGUUCAUGCCCAGUAAGAUGUAAACCCUGAACUAAACAUCACACACUUGAGAAUCUCUUCAUAAUCUAGGCACAGAUAAUCUUUAACACUAAACUACUGUGAAAUUCUACCAGCAUUAAGUACUGUAUAUUGCCCUGUACUUGGAUAGGCUGGCUAACUCGUAGGAAGAGAGCACUGUAUGGUAUCCUUUUGCUUUAUUCACCAGCAUUUUGGGGGAACAUUUCUUUGACAUUUUAAAUAAAACUUCAGCUUGA